AUGGCCGGAGAGCUGAGCCAGGAGGCACUGCUGGACUUUCUGUGCCAGGCCGGGGGCCGCGUGCGUAACGCAGAGCUGCUGAGCCACUUCAAGGGCUUCCUGCGCGACCCUCACGUGCCUCCCGGCCAGCUGCAGGAGCGUCGCGAGCUCUUCAAGGGCUUCGUGAACUCGGUGGCCGCAGUGCGCCAGGACCCCGACGGCACAAAGUACGUGGUGCUCAAGAGGAGGUACAGGGACCUGCUGGGGGAGGAGGGCCUGCAGCGACCCGCCCCCGCAGACGGACAGCCGCGGAGCCACCGCUGCCGUGACCCGGAGCCACAGAAGCCGCCGGCAGGUGCGGGGACCCGGGUGGACGUAGGUGACGAUGAGCUAGUGGGCAGCAGCGCGCGGAAGGAGGCCGAGCCAGACCCCAACCCAGGAGACAGCCCGAGCCAGAGGACACCGGGGCCAGAGGCUGCCCAAACCAGAGGCAGGUGUGCGGCGGUGGGGACGCGGGGACGCUGCUGCUGGGAGUGCCAGCAGAACGGCUGGGGACAGCCCACGGGACAGCCGCUUCCAGAAGAUGUCGGAGACCCUGUAGCCGCCUGGGAGAAGCCGGAGCGCGUUGCGCCUGUCCGGGAUGACCUCGGAGCUCCGGGGUGGCUGCGGGAAGGAGCGGCGGCGGAGCGCGCGCCUGUGUCUGUAACGCCUGUCUGGCCUCCGGCGGUCGUCGAGGCUGCUGGCAGCCCGACGUCCCCGCCCGCUCUCCCGCCCUACCAGGCUCCCUCCAGAGAGCUGCUGGAGCUGUUUACUGUCGGCUCCCCAAUCCAUUCAACCCAGCAGCUGCAGCAGCAGCAGCGCACUCGAGAGUGGGUAGCCAGAUGCCCGCAGGUGCCUGAGCCCGGGAUCCAGGGCCCCACUCGCGCCUGGUCAGUAGUGCCAGACAACUUCCUCCAGCUAUCUUCAGAAGCCACCUUUGGGGUCUCGGAGACCAACUCGGCGCUGCCAGAGCCCGCUCUAUCUUUUCAUUCUCUCCUUCCUGUGGUUCCUGAUGAGUCCUCAGAAUCCUGGCCGGGGAAUCCUCCACCUUCUGUCUUUCGAAGCAUUCGUUGUCAGCUGUCCCUCCAGGAUCUGGAUGACUUUGUGGAUCAAGAGAGCCAUGGCAGCGAGGAGAGCAGCAGUGGACCCAAAGAAUCUCCUGGGACCCCGGAAGAGGGGCUGCAACCUGUCUUGAGGACUUCCUCUUGGGGUGAACUCAGGGAUCCAGUGGAGGAUCUGUUUGUGUCACCAAACGAAGGCAGCCCCUGGCUGAUCCGGCGGGGCCUCAGGAAUAGAGGGAAUGCGCCCAGUUUUCGGAAGGUCCCAACGGUGGCUAAAAGCCUUGGAGACCACCACCAGGAGCCCUUCCCUGCCCCCAAGUUCCGGAGGUCUGUCAGGAGGAGCUCUCGAACAGGGAGAACCAAAUCUCCCUCUUCCUCAGAUGAGGAGCCUCUUGAUGAGGACUUGUUGAAAAGGAGCCGGCGCCCACCUCGGUCUAGGAAACCUUCCAAGGCAGGAGCCCUGCCGAGCCCAAGGGUGGAUGUUGUUUUGGUACAGAAAUUGGCAGAUGCUAAUGCUGUGGCCAGUCAGCCACACUCCUCAUGGGUCCCCAGCAAGGAUGGAUCUGCAGCCUUGGUACCCCACAGACCUUCUGAGCACAGGUCUCCCCUUGUCCCUCUAGAUGUCAGGGAGCAUGAGUGGAUUGUGAGGCUUGCCAGUGGCUCCUGGUUUCACGUGCUAACUUUAUUCUGGGAGGACCCCCAGCUGGCUUUGCACAGAGACUUCCUGACGGGGUACACGGCCUUGCACUGGAUAGCAAAGCACGGUGACCUGAGUGCCCUUCAGGACUUGGUCUCUGGAGCCCAGAAGGCAGGGAUUGCACUCGAUGUAAACGUGAGAUCCAGUUGUGGCUAUACCCCACUGCACCUGGCAGCUAUUCAUGGGCACCAGGGAGUCAUCAAAUUGCUGGUGCAAAGAUUGGCUUCUCGGGUGAACAUUCGGGACUGUAGUGGUAAGAAACCGUGGCAGUAUCUGAAAAGUAAUGUCUCUGGGGAAACGUGGCAGCUCCUGGGUGCACCCCGGGGCAAACCUAUCUUUCCUGUCUAUUCCUUAGUCCAAAGCCCUUCCCCAGCCAGGAAGGGCAAGAGCCGGGAAGUGUCUAGAAAUGUCACCCGGAAGACUUCCUUGGCUGCUUUGCUCAAAACUCAGCACAACAAAUGGAAAUUGGCCAGCCAAUAUGAGAAAUUCCACACCCCAAAGGAGAGAGAAGAGUAUAGUGACUGAGGUGGACUUUUCUCUGCAAGAGAGGUACGCAUACACACACGCACACGCAUACACCCCAAGCUACUAAGUAGGUGUAGAGAACCCAAGGGAAACAGAAACUGUUAGGAGUUGGUAAAGAUUGAGGACCAGGGAAAUGGUUUCCUCAAGGGUCAUCUCAAUUUCUUGAAAGCUCAUAUGUUUAGAAUGUGAACUGUAGACUGAAGCUGAUCCAGGCAUUCAAGCCUGUGAAGGAUCCCUCUCGCUCCCAAGCCAGCCAGGGGUCAGGGCACAAGAAGUAUUUUCUGAGGCAGUGCCAGCCAGGCCUUACUAGAAAGGGAACAGAUGUGUCAAAGGGAGGCAAUUCUCGGGACUGCCAUGGCUCACACUGUUCUCUGGCUGGAAGUUCUUUGGCAUCUAUUCAUCUCUAGAAUCAAUCUUGGCUGAGUGGAAAGCACCAGGUUGGAAGUCAGAUGGCGCCCCUUCGUUUCCUUUAUGUGUCUUUUGGCAAUUCCAACCAAUGAAAUAGAAUUGUUACUGGAGAGUGUAGGAUUUGAUUGAAGAGGUUUCCUCAGUCCUGAGCCUUGCUGUGAGCAUCGUCUGCAGGGCUUGGUGUAAACUGUUGACUGUCUUCUCUGGCUGUCACUGCCAUUGGCCGGAGAAGCAGAUGAGUGACAUUCAGGAAUGAUCGUGACUCCGCUCCCUAGAGAAAGGACAACCUUCAGACUCUGUUUUGUUUUCUGUUUGUUUUUGCUGUUCGUUUUUGUACUAAAUCAAAGUGAGCUUCCCAGGUGUAAAAGAAUUUUGAUUCAUUUGUGUAAUGACUGAAAUUCUUCGUCCUGCAGGGGAAAACUCCAUGUGUGGCAAACAGGGUCAUCUCUGACAGCUUUCAGCACGUCAGAAGGUCAAAGCUGGUACUCGGGGAAAGAGCUGGAUUCACUCUGGGGAAGCGUUAAGGGUUAAAAGCAUCAGAACUUUGUUAAGCUGCUAAGUAUAACUUUAUUUGCACUAAACUUUUUGCCAAUUAAGAUUAAAUAUUAGCCUUGAAGUACUGAAUGUCUAACAGGAAGUGUCUCGUUCAGUUCUCAGGAAGAGGCUGAUCGUUGCAGGUCCCUGGCUGAAGGUGACUCUGUACCCCCAGGAGAAUGUAUAAAUCAUGAAUGUCAAUCCAAAGAGGACUGAGAAGUUCAGUGUCCGCGCAGAGAUUACAUUUUAUGGAAAUGUUUUCAUGUGUGAUGCUGUAUUUCUUAAGAGUAUUUUUGUGUUAUUUUCUGGUUAUUUUCCUGCAUUAAAAGACCAGCAGAUUGUUGUGUUAUCA